UUCACUCUCCUUUUUUUCUCUCCAGGAUGGUGUGCCUCAGCUCCCUGUCCACACUCCUCCUCCUCCUUCUUCUCUACACCCCUCCGCUGUCUGCCCAGGAGGUGCUCGUACGUCUCGCAGGUGUAGGACGGCGCAAUGCAAACGAGGGACGUGUGGAGGUGUUCUACAAUGGCGCUUGGGGUACAGUGUGUGAUGACGAGGUGGAUCUGCACCUGGCCAAUGUGAUUUGCCGACAGCUGGGCUUUCAACGCAGCUUUACGUGGGCACACAGUGCCAAGUUUGGCCAGGGACAAGGUCUGAUCUGGUUGGACAAUGUGCGCUGCAUGGGCACAGAGCUCUCUAUUGCAGAGUGUCGCUCCAAUGGUUGGGGAGUCAAUGACUGCACCCACGCUGAGGACCUGGGGGUCAUUUGCAGCCCAGAAAGGAGACCUGGCUCCCCCUCUAUCUCUUUGGAGGAGGCCCCUUCAUCCUCCAGGCGCCAGCCAAACCAACCAAGACAGAGAAACCAUCCACCGCAGUCUGUGUCACCCCCAGCUCCACCUGCAGCCCAAUCCCAAACCUCUUUAUCUGCAAGAGGCCAUGAAAUCGCCCUUCAUCGCGGCCCAUCUUCUUCACGUCGCAGCAGCAUCUCGCCACAGGAGAAUGGCCACGAGAUCCAGAUUUUGCGACGGAAUCGUCCCAGAGGAGACCAGCAGGUCAACCCAGCCUUGCCUCAAGGGCACCAGCUACCUACACAUCUGGCAAAUGGCGCUACCUACAGGCAGAGACAGGAGACAGCAAGGAGCGGUCCACAAGCAAUGAGACAGGAGGCACAGGGGCAGGUGAACAGGCAGCAGUUCAGUGGGAACCAUGUUGAACCAGAGCCUGUUUAUCCAGGCAUGGGAAUGGAGACAGAUGCACACUACACACAGGGAUCUUCGAGGGUUCACUUAGAGGAGGCUCGUCUUCGGCCUGUGCUCUCCAGCAAUCAUGGCGGUCUGGUGACAGAGGGAGUGCUGGAAGUGAAGCAUGCUGGGAGGUGGCGUCAUGUGUGUAGCCAGGGCUGGGACCUCAGCAGCAGCCGUGUCGUCUGUGGCAUGUUAGGAUUCCCUGAUGCAGAAGCCUUUGACCAAAAUGCCUACAGGAAACAGUGGGACUCUAAGUUAGCGGAUCCAUCCUCCAGGCUGAGGACACAGAUCAGUAAAAAGGCCUACUGGGUGGAGAAGGUGCAGUGUCAGGGUGUGGAACCCUCUUUGUCGCAGUGCCAGGCCCAGCUGUCCCUCCCCAGGAAUGAUGUCCCAUGCCGGGGGGGCAUGCACGCUGUUGUUCGCUGUGUUCCCGGAUCCCAGUUCGCACGCUUUGGCAGAGCACCUGCACCACCCGCCCAGCCGUCUGUCGUGCGUCUGAAGGCGGGGCCCCGUCUCGGAGAGGGCCGUGUCGAGGUGCUGAAGGAGGGGAAGUGGGGCACCGUGUGUGACCACCUGUGGGACAUGCCUGCAGCCAGCGUGGUCUGCAGAGAGCUGGGCUUCGGGACGGCCAAAGAAGCCCUCACCAAGGCUCAAUUGGGACAGGGUACUGGCCCCAUCCACAUGAACAGUGUGCAGUGCACAGGCAGAGAGAAGUCGCUUACAGAGUGUCACUUCAGGCCGGUGCCGCUUUACACCUGCAAACACAGCCAGGAUGUAGCAGUCCGCUGCAAUGUCCCCAACACCGGCUUGCAAGCCACGGUGCGUCUGGCAGGAGGCAGAGAGCCAGCCGAGGGCCGUGUGGAGGUGCUGAUGGAGGUCAGAGGAGUGAAGCGCUGGGGCUCCGUCUGCAGCGAGAACUGGGGCAUCAACGAGGCCAUGGUGGUCUGUCGACAGCUGGGCUUGGGCUUUGCCUCCAGAGCUCACCAGGAAACUUGGUACUGGCCUAGUUCUUCAGAUGCUUCAGAUGUGGUUCUCAGUGGAACUCACUGCACUGGCAAUGAGAUGUCUAUCCAGCAGUGUCGCAGAAACACAAAUGUGUACUGUCCCAGAGGAGGAGAUGGCAGAGCCGCAGGAGUCACCUGUGUAGAGACUGCUCCCGACCUUGUACUGGAUGCUCAGCUCGUCCAAGAAACGGCCUACCUGGAGGACAGACCCCUCCACCUGUUGACCUGCGCCAACGAGGAGAACUGUCUGUCCUCCUCUGCCGCCAGGAUGAACUGGCCCUACGGACACCGCCGCCUGCUGCGCUUCUCCUCACGUAUCAUGAACAUGGGCCGCGCUGAUUUCCGACCCCGGGCCUCCAGAGAAAGCUGGACAUGGCACCAGUGUCACAGGCACUACCACAGCAUUGAGGUGUUCACCCACUACGAUCUGCUGACCCUCAACGGGACCAAGGUGGCUGAAGGUCACAAAGCCAGCUUCUGUCUGGAAGAUACCUACUGCCCUGAUGGUAUCCAUAAGCGGUAUGCCUGCUAUAACAUGGGACAGCAGGGUAUCUCAGUUGGCUGCUGGGACACCUACCGCCACGACAUUGACUGCCAGUGGAUUGACAUCACAGACAUACGACCUGGUGAAUACGUCUUCCAGGUGGAGGUCAACCCUACCUUGGACAUGGCUGAGUCUGAUUUCCAGAACAACGUGAUGCGCUGUCGGUGCAAGUAUGAUGGAGCACGGGUUUACAUGUUUGGAUGCCAUGCAGGUGACGCUUACAGCCCUGAGAUCGAGGACUUGUUUGACCACCAACGUCAGAUCUCCAACAACUUCCUGUGAAUUAAGGAACACCCAGAUAUAAGGACAAAAAACUGUACAACUCCUCACCACACCUCAACAUAUCAGGGGAAGGAGGUUGAAUGACAAAAAAACAUGCCAGUAAAUAGAGACAUGAGGGUCAGAGGGAGGAGGGUGGGAAACUGGGAUGGUUCGGGAGGGAAGGAGGGAGGAACUUUAUGGAAAAAUGCCUAAUUAGUAUCCCAUGACUGAUCAUCAUCAAAGUGACUGUUCCUGUUAGAAAGUCGAGGAGAUAAAAAGACGAAUGUAGAAAGAAGGAAAGACAGAAAAGUAGAAAAAGACCAAUGUAGGCCACCACAAGCUUCAUUUCACCAUGAUAAAACGUUGUUUACAAUAUUAAAAACUUAUGUUACAUUUUUUUAUCUAAUUGAAUUCCCUUGAUUAAGACAUAACCAUAGUUAAGAAAGUGAAGACAUGAAGGCACAUGAGUACUUGUACAAUACUUCAAUAGGCUGUUGUCCAUAUAAUAUCAACACAGGUACCAGACUGUCUACAGAGCUCUGUGUAUGCUUCCUCUGCUUUCACUGUUCACAUUACAAAUGCAGUAUUUCCUGUUUCAACCUUGUGGUUUUUGGAUGAUUUGGAUGAUGGUUUUGGAUUAGAAUUGAUUUUUUUUUUAAUUUCAUGGUGCUAUUUUGCCGUAUUUGAAUAAAUAUUGUAAUGUAUUGCAAAUGUAUUGUCAUGUACAGUUUUAUAUUACCUCUCUGGAAUAUUGUUCUUUAGGUCUCUAAUUUAUACAGAAUUUUAAUGUACUUUUAAGUUGAACCUUGUCCCUGUGUGGCUGUUUUUUUGUAUUUGUUAAUUUUAUUAUGAGAAAUAUUUUAACUUGUUUGUCCUUUACCUGUUUAACAUCGGUAACAUCAGAUGAGAUCUGGUUGUACCACGGUAUUG